AUGUCGACAAAACAUUUGCGUCGUCUUUUGGAGGAAAAAGAAGGUCAAAUGCAGAAAAAUAAGAAAGAGAAAUCGAGUUCUGAAAGCGACAAAGAAGGGCAAAUUUAUCCAGCUAAUAGGUUUGCAUUGCUGGAAGAAAAUGAUGAUAAAAGUUUCAAGAGUGAUUAUAACAGCGGAACAUCGGAAGAUUGUGAUACCGCUGAUGGUCAUUUUCAAAAUCUGAAACAAAUGCCAAAAAAAUGGGGCAAGACCAAAAAGAAGAAAAAAAUGCCGAAAAAAAUUUUCAACAUUAUUAAGAAUAGUGACGAUGGUGAACUUGAUUUGCAUAUAAGAUCAUUAGACAAUCUUCUAGUUUCAGCUGAAACUGUGAAGUUUAUUCGAGAACGAGAUUUAUUUAAAGUAGAUUAUAAGGCACUUAAUGCUGAUGAUGAACUUCGUAUGAUGCUAGGACGAACAUCAAAAAAUAUAGUGAAAAACAAUCGGAAUUUUCGUAUUGAUCUUGGUCAAAAAAUUGUAAGGAGAGAUCCAAGUUGGCCAGAAUUUAAGGCUGUUGGCUUGUCCAUGGAAGUGGAUAAGGUUGAAGGUGAUAGAAGAUGGUUUAAAUUUGUUUUUAGUAAGGACUAUAUUGAAUAUCAGAAGAGAUUCUUGCUUGCAGUUAAAAAUUUCGAUCAUCAUUACAUCAUGAAUAUUCUUAAUGAACGGCCGUAUCAUCUGGAUAGUUCCUUGAUGGUUGCUAGUAUCUUAUAUCACCAAGAAGAAUACCAACAAUCCCGUAUUCUCACUGAACGUGCCAUAUAUGGUUGUCAAUGUGCCUUUUCAAAUUUUUUCGAACUUCACAAUUAUGAUCACAUUUUUGAUUAUUCUCUUGUUGAAAAUCGAUCUUUUUUUCUGUUGCUCAAUCAGCAUAUGAAAAAUGCGUUUAAUCGUAAAUGCUUCCAAACGGCUUUAAAUCUGGCUAAGCUUAUCUUUCGUCUUUGUUCGAUUAAGGAUCCUAUGGGUAUUUUAUUGAUUAUCGAUGCAAUUGCAAUUCGUGCUCGUCAGUUUUGCUUUGUGAUUCAAGCUUAUGAAACACUUGAGCCCUCUAGAAAUAUAGAACGUUUGCCAAAUUUUGCAUUUUCUGUUGCAUUAGCACACUUUUUGCUGUAUCAGGAGAAUGGCGAUGAAAAAAACAGAGAAUCAGCAAAUGAAAUGUUAACAAAAGCGAUUUACCAUUUUCCUACUGUUCUUCUACAAAUCCUUGAGCAUAUAAAUUUAGAGCCAAGUGCUUCCGUUCUACAGAAUGAGUUCAUGUGCAUAUUGGCCCAUCAUCGCGAAACAGAAGGAUUCCAAUUACUUACGUCGAUAUAUCUGAAGCAUACUAGUGAUUUUUGGAAAGAUGUGUCUAUAAUAAGUUGGGUGGAAUCAGUCGUAGAAGAAAUUUUGCCGACAAUGAAUGAUUCCAAUGAAGAACUGAUAGAGUGGAAUGCAAUUCGAAAGCGAGUCUAUGCUGGUACACCACGAACUGUAAUACGACAUGCUUGGUUAUGGGAUAUAAUUCGGAAUUCCGAAUGGACAUUAAAUGAUCCAGUGCCACCAAUUGAUUCACGUUCGUCCUACGAUUAUCUGCCUCCUGCUGAGCCGCCUAUAGAUCCCUUAUAUAGUAUUGUUCAAGAAGCUAUUCGAAAUAUUCAUCAUAUUUUCGGGGGCAUUCAACUAAACGUGGGUUUGAUUAAUUCGAAGACGAAUACCAAUGUUAGCAUCGCGCAUAUAUAUAAUACAACGCAAAUCGCCAUAGUGCAGCUAAAAAUUGAGAUUUCUUAA